UCAAGAAAAAGAUCGAAGGAGCCGUCCAGCUGCCCGGACAUUUAACAAUAAAUAAAAGCGGGAGAGCCGUAAAGAUGAGCAGCAGGACAGACAGUCCCAGCAGCAACAUGAUGCAUUCCUGCAGGCUGCGCUUUGCAGCCCUGUUGGUUUCACUCCUGGUUCCCUGCAGCACAGAAGGAAUCACCAGAAACGAGGAGUUUGAUUCUGUGUUUCCAGAGGACGGACGUCCUCUGAAACUGGACCAGGCUCUGCUCACGUUUCACAAUAAGCUAACAGAACCGGUCCGGGUUUUCUACACCUCAGAUUACUGCUACAGGUGUGUGAAGCAGCAGCUGGUCACCGUGAAGCCCAACAACAACAAUGCAUCUGCAAUAAUCAGCACUAAAUUCGCCCUGACGCUGCAGGUUGAACCGCAGACCAGGAACUCGACGCUCUGCAGAUGGAGUCGAACAUAUAAGGAAGGAGGCCAUUACUCUGUUUGGAUGCAGACGCCCUCGGCCUCCGCUGACCCGAUCUGCAGCGUCUCAGUGGAUAAGAGUCCAAACAACGCUUACCUGCCUCUUCUGGUGGCGGCUCUGCUGCUGGCUGUCAUUGGGUUAUUAUCUGUUGUGGUGCCUUACAUCUACAGGAGGCGUUGCACAUCUAAAUUUAUUAAAGUAAUCUGCUGCCAAGAUCCUCUGCACUCUGUGGAUAAUGAGGCUGCGCAUGAUGGCAGUGAAGCCAAGCCGUCGCGUCUGCUCUCCUUGGAUGCUUUCCGAGGGUUUGCCCUGACAGUGAUGGUGUUUGUGAACUACGGUGGAGGCGGCUACUGGUUCUUCCAACACGCUCCCUGGAACGGUUUAACGGUGGCUGAUCUGGUCAUGCCCUGGUUUGUGUUUAUAAUUGGGACUUCAGUGGUUUUGGCCUUCAGCUCCAUGCAGAGGAGAGGAGUCGGCCGCCUGCAGUUGCUGAGAAAAAUCACCUGGAGGACAGUUGUGCUGCUGAUAAUCGGCUUCUGCUUUCUCAACUAUUCUCCCCGAGAUGGCCCGUUGUCCUGGUCCUGGCUCAGGAUCCCCGGAGUGCUGCAGCGUCUGGGCUUCACCUACUUUGUUCUGUCUCUCCUGCAGACUUUCUGGGGCCAGAAACAAAUCCCAGAGCGAGCGCCUCAGUGGAGAAGCGCUGUCCAGGACGUCCUGCUGUUCUGGCCUCAGUGGCUGAUUAUCGUCCUGCUGGAGACGUUAUGGCUGAGCGUCACUUUCCUCCUGCCGGUACCCGGCUGCCCGGCAGGAUAUUUGGGAGCUGGCGGGAUCGGCGAUGACGGUCUUUACCCAAACUGCACUGGGGGGGCAGCAGGAUUCAUCGACCGAUGGGUGUUUGGUGACAACAUGUACAGAUACCCCACUUGCAAAGAAAUGUAUCUCACUGUGCUGCCCUUUGACCCAGAAGGGAUUCUGGGAACCAUCAACUCCAUUGUGAUGGGAUUUCUGGGGAUGCAGGCUGGAAAGAUUAUCGUUUUCUACAAGAGAAAGAACGUCCACAUUCUGAGUCGAUUCCUGGUGUGGGCCGUCAUCCUGGGAAUCUCCGCAGCCAUCCUUUCUAAGUGCACACGAGACGGAGGAUUUAUACCUGUCAAUAAAAACCUUUGGUCGCUGUCCUACGUCACGGCCAUGGGAUGUUUGUCCUUCCUGCUGCUGGGAGCCAUGUUCUUCAUCGUUGAUGUGAAAGGCUGGUGGCGAGGGCAGCCCUUCCUUUACCCAGGGACCAACUCCAUCUUUGUGUACGUUGGCCACUCGCUGCUCGGCUUCUACUUCCCCUUCAGCUGGGAGAUGCGUUUCCAGCACAGCCACUGGGAGUUGCUGCUGCAAAACCUGUGGGGAACCGGGCUUUGGGUUCUCAUCGCCUUCCUCCUCUACAGGAAGAAGUUCUUCCUCAAAAUAUAACAUUCCCAAACAAACCCUGCAGAAACUCCAACCUACAAGCCUUAAGAGACGUUAAAUAAUCUUUCUUUUUUUGUUCUUGUUUUGGGUGGCGUCUUGAUGUCUCUGGUUUCCAUUGCAACCGCAGACAGCAUCAACGCGUCAGACUGUAGUUUGGAAACGUCUUGAGUUUAAGUGAUUAUGUUAAAUUUGGACUGAAUGUUUUGACAGCAGAAAUGUUUGAAGUUUGGAAAAAUCAAAGGAUGAAAAUUUAGCUAAUAGUUUGUUUCACUCUUUACUAUCAAAGUCGAAAUGUUUGGUUUUCUUCCCCCACUUGUUUCCAGAUUUCCAUAAAAAAACAGUUGAAGGUUUAUAUAAUUAGCACAAAAUUUACAGAAGUAAAUUUACUUAAUGGAAUCACAACAAUUCAGAAAUAAAUGUACUGAGAUAGACAUGAUCGAUGACAGGAUGUUACUACUGGCAGAAAUGAUGAAGACGACCAACAGGAAGUGGUGGAUGAUGGCACGGUGUGAUUUUAAUGACUUAUCCCAUAAACAAACUGAUUCAUGUGUGAUUUUAAUUGUUUCUUAUUUAAUGAAAAUGCCGAAAUUGUGUUUUUUCGACACUAGUGUAGCAUCUACAAAGUUUUGCGACCAUUUGUAAUGGAAACGGAGCCUCUGUUGUGUGUGCAACAAUUAAUGGAACCUGCUUUUGCAUUAACCAUAAAAUUGCACAAAUGUGCUUCACAUAGUGAUAGUUUGUCAAAUAAAUGGAAUAUUUCAAUGAUA